CAUAAUUAAUCACAAUAAUCAUAUAAAAACAUUAGGUAUUGUGUUAUUUCAAUAUCACUAAUGAGACUUAUAUUCUUUGUGAUGCUUUAAUAAGUAUUUUAACAAUCAAUAUGUUCAGAUUUCGAUGGCUUCGUCGUUUGGUGCGCCGUCAUACAAAUCCUAUUGAAGAAAACACAGCUGAAAAAUGGCAAAAACGACUCAGUUUUGCUUAUUUUAUUCUAGCUUCUAAUGUUUUUAUAGGUGUGGGAUAUAUGUGCUAUAGUGGCCGUGCAGAUUGGGCUGAUUAUUACGGAUUUAAAAGUCCAGAAGAUAAAUAUAUACCUGCUGGUGUACAGUGGUCGCAGACACUUGGAUUGGACAAAGCUAAAUAUAUUAGAUUUUCUGGCUUCAAAGUCGUUGAAGAAUAUGAUAUUGAAGAUAGACAAAAAGUAGAAAAAACAAACUCAUCAGAAGUAGAAAAUAUUAGUGAAGAAAUUAUGUAAAUUGUUAUAAAAAUGGGUUUUAAAUGAUAUUGCAUUUUGUUCUUGUUAUGUAAAUAAACAACAAAUAUUAA